CUGGUCACACUGCUGAGGCGACGGUCGAAACGAGUAAAAAAUUCCGAUAAUUGCAAUUAAUAUAAUUAUAAAAAGAGAAGCAGUAGAGUAAAAAUGGAGGUGGAAAGCCCGGAACACACACGAGAUUUCGCCGAAGUGGAUAUAAACAACGGGGCGGCAUCUGGAUCGGAGGACGAGGAGGAGGAGGUACCUGCGCCGGGAAGCGUAACUCUGGAUCGGAAUGAAAGUGAUCUAUUUGUGUCGGCACUGAGCCCCAGCAGUAUUGGGGAUAUCCACCCGCUGCAAGAGGUCCUAACCGACGAUGGGGACUACUUUAUCAGCAUUGUUGUCUCGGAUCCACAGAAAAUCGGCGAUGGCAUGGGGUCCUAUUUGGCCUACAAGGUGACGACCAAAACGAACAUUCCAAAAUUCAAGCGCAGCGAGUUCAGCACACUUCGUCGCUUCAGUGAUUUUCUCGGGAUUCACGAUCUUCUGGUGGGCAAGUACAUGCGGCAGGGUCGCAUCAUACCGCCAGCGCCUUCUAAGAACAUAAUCGGUAGCACGAAGGUCAAGAUUAGUCCGCAGCAGAGCGAGCCUGGUACUCCCAUGAACCAGGAGUGGGUAGAGAUCCGCAGGGCGGCCCUAGAGCGGUUUGUCCACCGCACCGCCCAGCAUCCGGUGUUGCGUGUUGACCUGGACUUUAUGAACUUUCUGGAGAGCGACCAGGAACUUCCGCGUUCCGUGAACACCUCAGCUCUCAGCGGAGCAGGCGUGAUCCGGCUAUUCAACAAAGUGGGCGAGACAGUGAAUAAGAUUACCUACAAAAUGGACGAGAACGAUCCUUGGUUCGACGACAAGAUCACCGAGGUGGAAAGCCUGGACGCCAAUCUGCAGAAGCUGCACAAUGCCAUGAAAUCAUUGGUCACCUCACGACGGGAGUUGUCGCUGCUCACAGGUUUGGUGGCUAAGUCGGCGGCCAUGCUGAGCACCUGCGAGGAGCACACUGGACUUUCAAGGGCUCUGUCCAACCUGGCGGACGUGGAGGAGAAAAUCGAAUUGCUGCGCUCUGAGCAGGCAAACUCGGACUUCUUCAUUCUGGCAGAGUUCAUCAAGGAUUACUUGGGCCUAUUUGGGGCCAUCAAGUGCAUUUUUCAUGAGCGGGUGAAGGCCUUUCAGAAUUGGCAGUACGCACAAAUGCAGUUGUCCAAGCGACGGGAGAAUCGCGGACGUUUUGAACUGUCCAACAGAGCGGAUAAGCUAGACCAGGCCCAACAGGAAGUGGAUGAGUGGCAAGGAAAGGUGCAGCGCUGUCAGCAGCAAUUCGACGACAUUUCGGCUGAAAUUAAACGUGAAAUGGAGCGCUUUGAAUUGACUAGAGUUAAAGACUUCAAAGUAAACAUUAUCAAGUAUAUAGAAGACCAAAUGGCGCAUCAGCAACAGAUCGUCAGCUAUUGGGAGGCCUUUGCUCCGUAUGCCCGCGAAAUUGUUUAACUUAUAUUCCGAUCAUCGAUGCAUUUCCAGAAACUUUUUGAUUAACUAACAGCUAUGCGCGCUAAGAACUUAUUCAGCGGGACCAAAUUCGUUCUUAAUCUAUCGAUUUGGAGCUACAAUUUCGCCUUGAGCUAUUAUCUUGCAAUUCGCCGCCGAAGCUCGUAUUUUUAUGAAACUGCUUUCGAUUCCUCUCAAGCAUAGAAAAGUUCAACUUUAUCGUUGCAUUCACAAAGCCUAUAUCUCUAUUCAUACACAGUAAAUUUUAUCAAGGCUUUUAUACAUUCACAGAAAGCUGAAAGUUUGCAGCAGACUUCCAGUUCUGCGUAUUCUCAUUCUAAGCAUGUUUUUGGUAUUAUCUAAAACUCGGCAAUGUGGAUCUAGUAGAUAGAUAAAAGUGAAGAAGACUCAUUGGUCAUUUCCAAAUUGAAGUUUGUACCAUUUAACUGGGAAGCGGUUUUCCCGGUUUAUUAUUGGUAUACUUAUGUAUUUAUAUAUAUACAUAUAUAUAUUCCUAUUAAAAGAUUUUGUAUCAUGACAAAGAGAGCAUUUCAACAAAUAAAUUUGUAAAUAUGUAUAGAUGUAAA